UGCGAGCACUUUACCCCUCCAUUAGCAUACAGAUAUAGUAUGUUCAAGUCCAAGUCCUUCGAUUUGGUGAACGAGGAAAAGACUAAGAAACCGGAGCGGCUGUAUCAGCCGCGUCGAAUGAGAUGGCUGAAGUACAUCAUCCUGCCGGCCGUCUUUUCCUUCGCUCUUCUGCUGAUCCUGGUCAAUGUGGACUUCUCCGAUAACAGUGAGGAGGCUAUCUCCAAUUCAACGGACCUUGGCAACUCGCUUUUGAUGUCUAAUCGUAAAUUUAGGAAUAACUCUCUGGAAUACAGCCACCUUUCCAGCAGUUAUGCAUUGCAUAACCUAACCAUCGAGAACUGCUCUAUAAUCCAUAUCAGCGAUGGGACUUUCGAUCAAAACAGCACCCGAUACUUGAUGAGCUUGCAACUUGUCAAUGUGCAACUGGAAAACUUAACAGAAUCAGCCUUACAAGGCCUUCAAAAGCUACAGAACUUCACCUUGGUUAAUGGCAAUAACCGGUUUAGGCCUUAUGGGUUCCUUUCAGCUGUGGCUGAAACGCUAGUUAAUGCCAGGGUUCAUCAGUCGUACUCCACUGAGGUUAUUUAUACGGUCGCAGACUUCCUUGGAUCCCGGAACUUUACCGAGUUGACAUUUUUAGAUCUGAGUGGAACUAACUUCGGAGGGAGUCUCAGUUCAGAUUCCUUUGACAAUGUUCCCGCGCUGGAGGAACUGAUUAUAAAGGACUCUGGACUAAGCCAAAUCGAGUGGGACACUCUACCCCUUAGGCUACAGCUGAUGCAACAUCUGGACUUAAAUGAAAAUCAGGAGUUGAGAAGCUCCACAACUCAGCUGGAAUCAUAUCGGUAUACCUCGGAGAAAUUUAUUUACGAUGAUGAGGUGUCUACUAUCCAGGCUAAAAGAGCCUUUGAUCCUGGAUUAGUAUUUGACACAACACUACCAACGACACCAACAAGAGCUCCAACCACUGCAGAGCCAACCACACCAAGCGAACCAUUUACAGUCUCCACACCGCCGUCGGCCUGCGAUGAGGAAAAGUGUCAAGAUCUCGUGUGUUCCCGUAUCUCUUCCAAUACAUCGGUUGGAUCUGCAGAUUUGGAGAGUUCAUCCACUUGCAAGGAUGGUCUUCUGGUGGAGAUCUGCGAAUCGGAAUGCUCCACUCCGACAUAUUUCUGUGUGGUGUUAGGCGUCAAUUUUAGCUCCUCAUCUGACUGCUGUUCUCUUAAGACCAUGAGGUGUGUGGUGCCCACAACAGCAUCCUGGUUUGACGAUCACAGCGGUCUGGUUAUUGGAUUGGGAAUUGGCCUCCUCUUCGUUGGCAGCCUCCUCGGGAUGCUCAUUGUCUUUGGAACUCUUCGCCUGAAGCCCUCCUGGUUAAGGAGCAGUAAGCGGCGGGAAUCUACCACGACAGGCCUCAUUCCCCGUAGGUUUGAGAAGGAAGUUUACGGCAAUACGGGGACUCCGAUUGCGACUCUCGACAAUAACGAAUAUAUCACCGCCUAUCACCGAUACCUGGAACAAGCAAAUCACCGCCAGACAGAGUCAAACAAAUAUAUAUGUCCGCCCAGGGACAGGGCGCCUUCGGUUCCGCCCUCCAGUGACUACCCUCUGCCACUCCCGCCCAGAAAUAACUACAUCUACGAGAGCUGCGAGGUCUACGAGGAGCUUCCGUAG